UGGCAAUUUUGAGAAUGGCAUUGGUAGAGAAUUGCAUGAUCAUUUGAUUGCAAAGGACAAACAAAAUAAACAUACAAGUUAUAUUUCAGGCUGCUAAACUUUAUGGUUUGGGAAAAAAAGAACAGUCAGGAUGAGAUAAAGAAAAGGAAACUUACUUCAGCAGAUGGAGGAAUACCAGAACAUAAAGGAGACAGCAAAAAUAAGACAAAAUAAAAAAUAGAAGAACAGCAAGGAAGAGAACAUUUAUAGAAUUUAGAUUAGUGAACUUAAUUUACAGUCCACAUAUUUGUGAAGAAAUCCCAGUGUUUUUAUGCCAAGUAUAGAAUUCAGUUACUUUAGUGGAUAGAUGGAAGCCAGGGAUUAGAAAGUGAAAUCUUUGCUGGGGAACUGAAACUUUUGGAGAGAAAAAAAAAUGGAAAGAAAAGCACAGGAAAGAGCAGAAGCAACAAGCAAAAAGGUCCCUGGUUUGACAUGUAUCUUCAGGCACGGGAACCCGUUAUUCUUAACUUCAAUCCAUUCAUGGCUUUAAGUCCUGACCCCAAACCUGAAUACAACGAUCAGCUUGUGAAAGCCACCAACGUGACUGUUGCUGCUUUACGUUUCUUGAAGACUCUUAGGGCAGGCAUCUUAGAACCAGAGGUCUUUCAUCUGAACCCGUCCAAGAGUGACACUCCAGGGUUCAAAAAGCUUAUUCGAUUUGUGCCUUCUUCUCUCUCAUGGUUUGGUGCCUAUAUGGUGAAUGCCUACCCACUAGACAUGUCACAAUACUUCAGACUUUUCAAUUCCACCCGGCUGCCUAAACCCAAGAAAGACGAGCUGUUUACAGAUGAGCAUGCCAAGCAUUUACUGGUGCUUAGAAAUGGCCACUUCUAUGUGUUUGAUGUGAUAGACCAAAAUGGCAAUAUAGUGAAACCAUCGGAAAUUCAAGCCCAUUUAAAAUUCAUCCUUUCAGACAAUGCUCCAGUUCCAGCAUUUCCUCUUCCUUAUCUAACUACUGAAAAUCGGGAUACCUGGGCGACUCUGAGGCAGGAACUCCUUGACAAUGGCAACAGGGAGGCCUUAAGGAAAGUGGAUUCGGCCAUAUUCUGCCUGUGCCUUGAUGAUUUCCCAAUUAAAGAUGUCGACCAUUUGUCUCGUACUAUGCUCCAUGGCGAUGGCACGAACAGGUGGUACGACAAAUCAUUUAAUCUUAUUUUAGCGAAAGACGGCUCUGCAGCAAUUCACUUUGAGCAUGCUUGGGGAGAUGGUGUGGCUGUGCUUAGGUUCCAAAAUGAAGUCUUUAAACACAGCACUGAGACUCCUGUCGUUACUCCUCAGUCUCUGCCGGCUGCCUGUGAUUCACACGGAGCUGUAGAGAAGCUGAAUUUCAAACUGAACGAUGCCUUAAAAGAAGGAAUCACCAAAGCCAAGCAAAAUUUUGAUGCCACUGUGAAAACACUGACGCUGAAGGCCUUCCAAUUUGAAAGAGGAGGCAAGGAAUUCAUAAAGACCCAGAAACUGAGUCCCGAUGCCAUAGUCCAGCUUGCCUUCCAGAUGGCUUUUCUUAGGCAAUAUGGACAGACAGUUGCCACCUAUGAAUCUUGUAGCACAGCAGCAUUCAAACACGGUCGCACUGAAACGAUCCGGCCUGCUUCGGUUUACACAAAGGCGUGCUCAGAGGCACUAGUCAAGAGGCCGUCCAAGCACAAUACUAUGGAGCUACGCCAGAUGAUCACCGAGUGCUCCACGUAUCAUGGUCAACUCACAAAGGAAGCUGCUCUGGGUCAGGGAUUUGAUCGUCACCUUUAUGCACUACGGCGUGAAGCAGAAUCCCAAGGAAUUUCUUUGCCAGAUCUUUACAAGGACAAAGCUUAUGCCCUAAUUAACCACAACAUUCUCUCCACAAGUACUUUGAGCAGCUCAGCCGUAUUCCUGGGUGGAUUUGGGCCAGUGGUGCCUGAUGGAUUUGGCGUAGCUUAUAGUAUACACGAUAACUGGAUCGGGUGCAACGUUUCUGCUUAUCCAUCUAGGAAUGCACCAGAAUUCCUGCAGUGUGUGCACAAAUCACUGGAUGAUAUUUUUGAUAUUUUAGAAGGGAAACAAAUUAGUAAUUAAGAUAGAUCAGGACUGGCUUUCUUAAAUGUGUGACAUAACAAACUUCCUUUGGCUCAAGGUUAAUGUUUUAGCUGGACCAUGACCUGUUUAUCCUUUUUAAAAAUAACAGAUUAAGUUCUGGAGAAAAAAAAGAAAGAAUGUAAAUAGGGUUAAAGAGCCGGCCCACUGGAUUUUUACAUUUGUCAUGAUUAAGUUGUUACACUGAUUUUAAUGCCUGUUCUCCAAAUAUGAUUAAGGCCAGCUCCAACUCAGGGAGUGUAAACGGACUUCCAAUUGUAAAAAAAAAAGUGCUGUCUUUAUUAUCUAUCAGCCAAUAGAAGUUCUUGCAGUAUAAGACUGUUUGAUACAUCACUUGAGUAUUCUUUGCUAAUAUAUCAGAGGUGGGUUUCAGCAGGUUCUGACCAGUUCUGGAGAACCGGUAGCGGAAAUUUUGACUAGUUCAGAGAACUGGUAGUAAAAAUUCUGACUGGCCCCGCCCACAUCUAUUCUCUGCCUCCCAAGUCUCAGCUGAUCGGGAGGAAAUGGGGAUUUUGCAGUAACCUUCCCCUGGAUUGGGGAGGGAAUGGAUAUUUUACAGUAUCCUUCCCCUGGAGUAGGGUGGGAAUGGAGAUUUUACAGUAUCCUUCCCCUGCCACUCCCACCAAGCCACACCCAUAGAACUGGUAGUAAAAAAAUUUGAAACCCACCACUGUAAUAUAUGUGUUUGAUCAAUUUUUAAAUAUACACAAACUAAUUGUAUCAAAUAUAGGAAUAAUGCUUGAGUGACAUUUAGAUAGCAAUACCCCUUUUGCGAGAUCUUGUGUUAAAAGAUAAUCCAAUAUUAUAGAUUUAUUUUUGUAAAAGGAAAGAAAUCUUGACUAGCAUGCUUGUUGGAGCAGAAAUGUUCACAUCCUUCCAGAGUUCUGCCUUGUGACACUCAAGUGAAACUUUUGGAAUCCUUACAACAAACAGCUAAAAGAAUAUUCAGUAAGGCAAGCAGCAAAUUUACCAAAGAAGAAGAAGAAAAAAAAAUCCUGAAUGUAAAAUGAAGGAUUUUUCUCCAUCUAGUCUCUUCCUUCACCAAAGAUGGAAGAAAAUGGAGAAAAAUAUUCAAAGGGAAAAAUCUUGUAAAAAUGCCCAUUUUCUGUGUCUAGUAAACCAAAGUUAACAACUGCAGAGAAUGAUAGAAUUGUGUAAUUAUAAGUGAAACUCUAGCUGAGACAUUGGUCAGCAGGCAUGGUGUUCAUUGUAACUGAAAAAAUGAUACAGGAUGCACAGUGUAGAAAAAAAAAUCUCUCCCCAAAUAAAUGGGGUGGAAGUCGUAAAAUGACUACUGUCAAUGACUACUUCAGCUUCAACCGCAAUAAUACAUGGGCAAACAAUAGAUACAAACUCAAAGUAAACUGCUUCAAACUUGAUUGCAGAAAAUACGAGUUCAGCAACAGAGUGGUCAAUGCCUGGAACUCACUACCUGACUCUGUUGUUACAUCCUCAAACCCCCAAAACUUUAACCUUAAACUGUCUACCGUGGACCUCACUCCAUUCCUAAGAGGUCUGUAAGGGAGCGUGCAUAAGCGCAUCGGCAUGCCUAUUGUCCCUAUCCUACUGUUCCCAUUUAUUUUUACUCAUUUAUUAUGUAUAUACUUAUACCUGCUUAUACUUCUAUGUUUAUAUGUUAUGUUCUUACUUAUACUUGUUUUCUCAUACAUGCUUGACAAACUAAAUAAAUAAAAAUAAAUAAAUAAAAAUAAAAUAAAAUAGCACACACGAAGGAAUAACAUGUAACAUCUAUAUCUGCUCUGAAAGCUUAAAGGAAGAUAAUGCAGGUAGUCCUUGACUUACAACCACCUGGGGGCCAGGAUUUCCAUUGUUAAGCAAGGGGGUUGUUAAAUGAGUCGCACCUGAUUUUACAUUUUUUGCUAUGGUUAAAUGAAUCACUGCAGUUGUUAAGUGAAUCACAUGGUCAUUAAUUGAAGCUGGCUGGUAAGGUCGCAAAUGGUAAUCACGUGAUCUUAAGAUGCUACAACCCUCAUAAAUACAUGCCAGUUGCCAAUACCCAAAUUUUGAUCACAUGACUGUGGGGAAUGCUGUGAUGGCCGUAAGUGUGAAGACCAGUCAUAAGUCAUUUUUCCCCCAGUUCUGUUGUAACUUCAAAUGGUCAUUAAAUGAAUGGUUGUUAAGGACUACCUGAAAUACCAGUCUGAUUGAGCUUCCAGCUGAAAUGUAUCCUGAAAAUUUUCUGUUGAAUAAAUGUGACACAUUUUAUAUGUAUGUCAUGGAGAUUCUGCCAUCCAGGUCAUGGUUGUCCUAAAGGUGCUUUUCAAGAGACAACUGGACUUUGUUUUUUCUUUGAAGACAUUUCACUUCCAGCCAGAGCUGAGAAGCUUCUUGAAUGAGAAACAAGACAUCUUCAAAGAAAAACAAAUCCAGUUGCCUCUUGAAAAAACACCUUUGGGACAUUUUAUGUGAAUAUACAUCUGUCUGAUGUAGACAAGCAGUUCUUCCCUAGCAGUAGCUUAUUUUCAGACUCUAGUUAAAAGCAUCUACUCUUGGGUGCGGGGAUGUCUGCAUGCAUUGUCAUUCAUGUGGAUUACAAUGUUUUCAGUUGUCUCCUCUCUUUUUGGAGCAGUGUGGUGGCUCAGUGGUUAAGACGCUGGGCUUGUUGGCUGGAAAGCCGGCAGCCCAGGUUCAAGACCUGAGUGUCAAGUAAUAGGGUGAGUUCCCGUCCUCAUCCAAGCUCCUGCCAACCUGGCAGUUCGAAAACAUGUGAAUGCAAGUAGAUAAAUAGGUACUACUUUGGUGGGAAGGUAACAGCACUCCGUGGCAUCAUGCUGGUCACAUGACUGCAGAAAUGUCUUUGGAUAGCAUUGGCUCAAUGGCCUUGAAAUGGAGAUGAGCACCGCCUCCUAUAGUCGGUAAUGACUACUGGAGGGAAAUCUGCAGGGAAUCCUUUACCUCUCUUCAUUGAUAGUACAUUUAAGGGUCACCCCCAUCCUUACAAUUCAUCAUUAAAUAUACAAUAAAGUAUAUUUAACUUAGAAGCAUCCAACACAUUAUUUUAUUUCUAAGAUACUCAGAAUAAUUUUGCUUUUCCUGAUAUAUCAAUGUAUACUGUCUGCCUCUGUUAAAAAUGCUACACCUACAGUGCUAUAUGUAUCUAUGUAUUCUGAAUAAAGCUCAUUGGAAUGGGAUGAAUUCCCAUUCUUACUUGUUAUGAGAAAUGGAA